UUUCUCUUUCAGCUCUAGAGGAAGGUCCUUGUCAUCAAUCUUCACAUGGUCUAGGAGCUUCUCCACAUAGGAACCUCAGAUUCAAAGGGUGUGUUCUGCUCCUGGUGUUGCCUUCUUAGUGGUAUGAAGUCCCCAUGUCUCUCUGCUUGCUUUUCUCUUUUAUAUCUCAAAAAAGAUGGGCUUAAGACACAAUCUGAUCUUGUAGAUUGAGUCCUGCCUCAUUAACAUAACUGCCUCUAAUCCCAUUUCAUCAGCAUACAGAGAUAGGAUUUACAACACAUAGAGAAAUCACAUCGAAUGACAAAAUUGUGAACAAUCACAUGAUACUGGGAGUCAUGGCCCAGGCAAGUUGAUAAAUAGUUUUGGGGGACACAAUUCAACCCAUAACAGCUUGUUGUCAGGAUUGAGGUGAUACAUACAAAGCACUUAGAAUAGGGCAUGGCAAAAAGCUGUUGGUGGUGAUUACUGUUAUUAUUAUAUAAAUAAGAAAAGCAAGAUUCAAAGAAACUAAGUAAGGAUAUUGGAGUUGAGAUUCAAACUCAGAUUUGUACUUUAUGCUCAUUCUACUCUAUCUCGCCUGCCUCUGAAAUCCAUCUGGUGUUGUAUAUAGGAAGCUCUGAUCCUCAGAAACUCUGAGCCUCUCUUUUAAAUUACUUAUUAUUUAAACUUCCAUGGGAAGAAACAAAGAGAGGCACAGGAAAGUCCCGUGGUUACUAGGUGCCCUUGAGUUAGUUUUGACUCAGAGCAACCCUAUGUACGAUAGAAUGAAACACUGCCUGGUCCUGCGCCAUCCUCACAAUUGUUAUGCAUGAGCCCAUUGUAGCCACUGUGUUAAUCCGUCUCAUUGAGGAAAUUCCUAGUGACUUAGAAAAUCACAGCGUGCUUCUUACCCCUGAGUACGUGCCAGAUGCGCCUGAGUUUCCCCCAGAGGGCCCUGUAAAUGGGCAGAGAUUCUAAAAUAGGAAAAGUGAAACUAGUGAGUGCCAGGGACAUAGGCACUCUUGGGACACAGGGUAGCCUCACAAGUUGUGGAGAGGAAGAGUAGUUGAGAGGUAGGGAAGAUAAGGCAGUCUCUGGCAUCACUGGGAAAUGUAUUCGCUGCAUUGGCUGUGGCUGGGAGUUGUGCUAACCCUUUAACUUCAUCUAACAUUAACAGUAGAGGUCCUCCUAAGUGUGCCUUUUAUUGGUGCACAUUUUGGAUGGUCUCAUUAUUGACUGGAGCCCUCGUCACCUGAUUACGUUCUAGGGAAAAUAGGAGUGAAGGGGGAGAAUAGAUUCCAGAGAAAAUGGUGAGAUUAUAUUUCACAAAGACCCUGUAAGUCAUCAGGGCAGCUGUUAGCAUCAUCGGUCUCACAGAAGAGAAGUGAUAAGCACAGGUCAUAAAGUAAACGAGAAAAUUUGAACUCAUGUCUUCUGACUUCAAGCAUAGAGGUCAGCUGAAUACAGCUGAAUGCAGGUCGGAGAGUGGUCCAGGUGGUCAGCACAGAACCGAGCCUGGGACAUAGACAGUGGUGCUAAGUGUUGGACAUUUUACGUGUGAAGAGAUCUGUAGAUUGGGCAGGUCCUCUUUCCUUUACGGUUUCAGUAACUCUCUAAUGUUUUUACUUUAUUUAGGCUGUCAUUUAGGAGCAAUGAGUUUAAAACCCUUUACCUACCCGUUCCCAGAGACGAGGUUUCUUCAUGCAGGACCCAAUGUGUAUAAAUUCAAAAUCAGAUACGGCAACAGCAUCAGAGGGGAAGAGGUAGAAAACAAGGAAGUCAUCGUCCGGGAGCUGGAGGAUUCUAUUCGUGUGGUCUUGGGAAACUUGGACAAUCUGCAGCCAUUUACUACAGAACACUUCAUUAUAUUUCCCUAUAAAAGCAAAUGGGAGAGAGUUUCCCACCUGAAAUUCAAACAUGGGGAAGUCGUCUUGGUCCCCUACCCAUUUGUUUUCACUCUGUACGUGGAGAUGAAAUGGUUUCAUGAAAACCUGUCACCUGGUAAACUGAUAAAUGACAGUCCUCUGGGAUUGCUAGCGUUAAAAGUUGCCUUCGGCAAUUUAAAGAUGGAAAGUUCUCUUCACUUUGCACUCAUGAGCUGUGAGCAACUCUGGAAAGGAGGAGUCACAGGAAACUGGUUUCUCCUGAAGGUAUCAGCUGAGAAGAAAUCAGCAGAAGCCAUGAUGAGGAAACGAAGACACACGGAAGUGCCCAGCUCCCCCAGGAAGUCAGGGCCGGACAGGGCCAAGGUGGAGACCUCCAGUGAAGCCCCCAGCAAAAAGAAGCCCCCUAUGGAAACCAGGAGGGACAGAGAAAGGAAAACUGAGCAGGAACAGCAGGAGACCCCAGCGUUUGAUGCCACUGAUGUCCAGGAACAGGGUCCUAAGUGGGGGGACAGCCUGGCAGGGCAGAUGGCUCCGUCACUGCAAUGGAACAAUCCACCUCCACCUAAAGGACCCAAAGAGCUGGGGACGACUGGCUUCUUUGGGUUUCUAAGGUAGGACAGACUGUUCUCCUGCAUCCAACGGAGGCCCAGGAGGCUCUAGGUCCAGGGCUUGCCUCGU